CAAUUCAUAAAAAAAAAAAAUAUUUUGUGGAUCGAAAGCACUGAAGCAUCUAUAUUUCAUACUUAUAAACCAACAAAAGUUGGAAAUAGAAUCUAAAAAGGAUGGAAAGUGGAAGAAUUAAUUUAGAUAGACCUAGAUGGAAUCAAGGAACAUUUUAUGGAAGAUUGAAAUAUUUUGCAUGGAUAACAGAUCCCCGAUUAACUAUAACUCCUACCUCAGAAUUAAUGAAUGCCAAAAUUCUUCUACAAAAAUAUAGAAAUCAACAAGAACCAGCAGGUACCACUAUCAAUCAGAUAAGAAGAGCACAACAAUUAUAUUUAUCAGCUUUCCACCCAGAUUCUGGUGAUUUACAGAAUGUUAUUGGUAGAAUGUCUUUUUUUGUUCCUGGUGGUAUGAUACUGGUUGGUGCUAUGAUAUCAUUCUAUAAGUCCACAGCAGCUGUUAUAUUUUGGCAAUGGGCUAACCAAUCAUUUAAUGCAUUAGUCAACUAUACAAAUAGAAACGCUGCUUCUGAAAUAACAACCAAGCAAAUGGCUGCAGCUUAUGUAAGUGCCACGUCUUCUGCUCUUGUUACAGCUAUUGGUUUGAAGCAGUUGUUAGCUCAGAGAGCAAGUCCUUUAGUUCAACGAUUUGUACCAUUUACAGCUGUAGCAGCAGCUAAUAUCAUCAAUAUACCAUUGAUGAGACAGAGUGAACUAAUAGAUGGUAUAACUGUUUAUGAUGAAAAUAACAAUAAAAUAACACAAUCUAGGUAUGCAGCAAUCAAAGGUAUUUCUCAAGUAGUGCUUUCACGAAUAAUUAUUGUGGUUCCCAGUAUGACUGUAUUACCUAUAUUAAUAGAAAGAUUAGAGAAAACUAACUGGAUGAAAAGAUAUCCUGUUGUUAAUGCUCCAUUACAAAUAGCUUUAGCUGGUCUAACAAUGUUGUUUAUGGUGCCGAUUGGUUGUGCUUUAUUUCCUCAAACCUGCAGCUCAGUUUUAGAAGAAUUACAAGAACAACAGAAUUUUUGA